AUGGUGACAGUAUUCAUAUUAUUAAUUAAUGAUCCAUGGCUCAUCAAUCAUCCAAAUAGCAUGCCUGAGCUGAGAGAACAUACUUCUAAAAACAUAAUCAAAGUCUCAGACCUAAUUCUUCAAAUCCCCACUAGAUGGAAUGAAGAAAAGAUACACCAGUUGUUCCAAGACAAUUCUGCUGCCCAGAUCCUAAACACUUAUUUACCAGAUGCCGAGGACAACAUUGAAGACCAAUUGCUAUGGAAACCACACCCAAAUGGUACGUUUUCGUGCAAGUCUUUUAUAAAAACACUCAAAAUGAAUCAACGCAGCUCAUCUAGCGUUUACAAUGAUACUUUCCCCUGGAAAAACAUGUGGAAUAUAAAAGAUAUAACUCCAAAUAUUCUUGUGUUCAUUUGGAGAAUAAUUCAUGAGGGUUUAGCUAUAUUCCAGAACCUUGGGAAACACAUCAAGGGUAUAAAUCAAGAUUGUAGACUUUGCAGUACUGCCAUUGAAGACCUGGAGCACAUUUUCUUCCAUUGCCCGGUGACUACAACGACUUUUUUUGGUUCUCCUCUUGGAUGCAGAACGGAAAGGUAUAGUGGUAUGAGCUGUAAACAAAUAAUUGCUGGCUGGCUUGCUGAAAAGGGGAACUAUGAGGCUUUCAAAAUGGGAAGUUGUGUUAUGUGGGCGAUGUGGAAGAAUAGAAAUGACAAAGUUUUCAACGGUAAGAAUAAUUCUAUCCAGAGCAUAAUCAGGGAAGCCAUAUAUUGGUUUCACUAUUCUAGCUCAAUGUUGCCAGAGGAUGAACUUCAGGCUCAUAUUACCACCCUUAGGAAAGCCGCAGGAAAGUGGAAACCACCUGAAGACAACUGGAUUAAAUUAAAUGUGGAUGUUGCUUUUGAUAAUUACAAGGCAGGAUGGGCUGUUGUGGCUAGAGACUCUGCAACAAGUUUUAAAGGUUGUGGUACUAACUCCCAUGAAGUUCUGAGUCCUAUUGAAGCUGAAACUAGAGUUGUUCUUCUGGCAACUGAUUUUACAGUGAUUUCAAGACUGCAAAGAGUAAUAAUUGAGAGUGAUGCUGAGGAAGUGAUUAAGAUUCUGAAUGAAGAAAAGGGUUAUAUUCCCUGGAUAUUACGAGAGCUAAUCUACCAGAUCAGAGCCAAGGCUAGGAAAGUGACUGAAGUCAAGUUCGUUUUCAACAAAAGAGAUUGGAAUGUAGUUUCCCAUACUCUAGCAAAGUAUGCUUUAAGCCACCAUUCUAAUAUGUGGUGGUUCUCCUAA